UUUCUAUUGCUAAGCCUCUAUCGGAUCGCGUCUGCGGAUGACGAGAUGGUACUUGUAGAGACCCAAUUAGCUUUCACUGCCGAUUUCUGGAAGCUUAUCAUUUGAUUUCCAAUGUCCCUUUAUUGAAUCUUCGGCCUCCACCUACAGCUCACGAGGCCAAGCUCACGCGACCGAUUCACAAGGAACCAUGAACAACUUCGGGGUCAUCGAACUCGCCAGUGCUAAAACCACUUCGGCUCCCGGCUGGGCCUACGUUCCUGACACUGGCAUACUCCCCGGAUCCAGCGCCUUGCAGCCAGCGAACCGAAAACGAGCUCGCAAUGCACCGGCGGGUGUGACGGUCGGCGAUUUGACGGCGCGGCAAGAAGCCAAGAUUCGGAAGGAGAUUGAGGCUUUGGAGCGAGAUGGUGGAAAGGAUAUUUCGAUUCCGAUACCCGCAAAGAGCGGCAAAGCUCCUGCAAAGCAUACACCGAACGUACGAAAGAUCCUACAGUCGCAGAAGACAUUUUCAAAUCACCUAGAUGAUUUUUUGGCAAUACAAGCGCAAGUCGAGGGCGGCCCGGCUGCUGCGGGUAACAACCGACCAAGCAACGCGAGCUCCAAGCGACCAGCAAACAAACGAGAUGCUACCGCCGCAUCCACACCCACAGGGAGCGCCAAGCCGACGCCCGGCAUACAGGAAGAGGACGUUACAAUGGCAGACGUAGAUCUUCCCCCGGUAUUGGUCGGGCAGUACAGACCACCGCCAGCGGCCCAUCCUGGCGACAACGAUCCUUUACUAGCAUCUCGUGUGCCCGAUCUGCCGUCAGACGAAGAGCUGAGGAAGCUGCUUGCCCACCCACCGCUGACAUAUUAUGAGACUAGAGGCAAGUGGGAGGACAACUACCCUACGCGUGUAUUCUGCGAGGUGUGUGGAUAUUGGGGGCGAGUGCGAUGCAUGAAGUGCGGGACCAGGGUUUGUGCACUGGACUGUCUGGAGACGCAUAGAGAGGAAUGUGUCACCAGAUAUGGGCUGUGAGAUACUUUGAAGCCGACGCGGUGCUGAGGUUUGAAGAUUGGAAGGGACGGGUAUUGUCUGCUUGAUGUGAUGCGAUCAAGGAGUGAGGAUUUGACAGGGGAGCGGCUUUUUUGCACUCCUUUGGGGCGUUUGGACGGAGUUUUUGGUCAAGGAGCGGUACUGAUAACUGAUACCCAAUCUUUUGGAAUGCAAAUUCAUACAUGUUUGAAUGAUUUUACCUGCUUUUGUCUCUGAGUCUACCAUAUCAUUGAAUUGACUCCGAUUUCC